ACUGCCAGGAUGGCAUCUUGUCUGGCUUUGCGCAUGGUGCUGUUGCUUGUCUCUGGAGUCCUGGCCCCAGCAGUGCUCACAGCAGAGGGUCUUCAGGAGCCGGAUCCGACCCUGUGGAACCAGCCCAUUGAACUGCCCUCUGGCGAAGGCCCCUUGGAGAGUACUACUAGCCCCGGCCAGGAACCUGAGGCCACCAGCCCGCCCGUCCCCACCUCCGCGCCCGGACCAGAGGACAGCACUGCGCAGGAGCAGCUGGACCAGGACAACGGCUUACUGGGGCCCGGCGCCAUUGCGGCCAUCGUGAUCGCUGCCCUGCUGGCCACCUGCGUGGUGGUGGCGCUCGUGGUCGUGGCGCUGAGAAAGUUUUCCGCUUCUUGAAGCCAA